AUGGGUUACGUUCCUUCAAUUGGCUCUCCAGCUCCAUCAUUUAAGAAAACUGCUGUUAUUGACGGUGUUUUUGAAGAAGUUUCAUUAGAACAAUAUAAAGGAAAAUGGGUUUUAUUAGGUUUUAUUCCAUUAGCUUUUACUUUUGUUUGUCCAACUGAAAUUAUUGCUUAUUCAGAAGCUGUUAAAAAAUUCACUGAAAAAGAUUGUCAAGUUUUAUUUGCUUCAACCGAUUCAGAAUAUUCAUUAUUAGCUUGGACUAAUGUUGAAAGAAAAGAUGGUGGUUUAGGUAAAGUUAAUAUUCCAUUAUUGGCUGAUACUAAUCACUCAUUAUCAAAAGAUUAUGGUGUUUUAAUUGAAGAAGAAGGUGUUGCUUUAAGAGGUAUUUUUUUAAUUGAUCCAAAAGGUAACUUGAGACAAAUUACAAUUAAUGAUUUACCAGUUGGUAGAUCAGUUGAUGAAUCAUUUAGAUUAUUAGAAGCUUUCCAAUUCACUGACAAACAUGGUGAAGUUUGUCCAGCAAAUUGGCAACCAGGUUCUGAUACUAUUAAACCACAAGUUAAAGAUUCAAAAGAAUACUUUACCAAAGCUAAUAAAUAA